CCCGAGACUCCAGUCAUCGCGCCCGUAACCCCGCGGAGCAGAGAUCCCGGAGCCGCGUCCGCGCCCCGGGAGAAGCCAACCCUGCUCUUCUCCGCCUCGGCCUCUUUGGCUGUAGCCGCACCUCGGCUCCGGAGCGCAGGGCUUCGUGUGCCUCGUAGUGACAGGUGGAAAUCACGACCCAGAAGGGCACUAUGAAGCCAGUGAAGAAAACCAAAGCGGAAGAACCUGAAUUGGAGCCCCUGUGCUGCUGCGAGUACAUAGAUCGAAAUGGGGAAAAGAACCACGUGGCUGCUUGUUUGUGUGAUUGCCAAGAUCUGGACGAAGGGUGUGAUAGAUGGAUCACGUGUAAGUCCGUGCAGCCUGAGACCUGUGAAAAGAUCAUGGACACGAUCUCAGACCGCCUCCGGAUUCCUUGGCUUAGGGGAGCCAAGAAAGUUAACAUUAGCAUCCUUCCCCCACUGUUCCUGCUGCCUGUCUUCCUCCGCGUGGCUUCCUGGCAUUUUCUCCUUGGGGUGGUGGUUUUGACCUCCCUCCCCGUGCUGGCUCUGUGGUACUACUACCUCACUCACAGAAGGAAAGAACAGACUCUGUUUUUCCUGAGCCUCGGACUGUUCUCUCUGGGCUACAUGUACUAUGUGUUCCUGCAGGAAGUGGUCCCCAAGGGGCGUGUGGGGCCCACUCGGCUGGCUCUUCUUACCUGCGGGUUAUUGCUCAUCCUUUUCGCCUUGUACAGAGCCAAGAAAAAUCCAGGCUACCUCAGAAACCCAGCACACAAUGACAGGGCUCUAAGUGGCAGCCAGGUCGAAUGCCAGAACAGAAAAGGGCCUGAGAAGCCCAAGGGGUUCCCCAGCGCAGAUCUGUCGGGCGGUCUCAACAACCGCGCACCCAAGGAUGAGACUAAGGACUCCCCGAGGACGUCGGCCGGAAGCCCGGCCAAAGGGAAGGACGACUGGUGCGCUAAGUGCCAGCUGGUGCGGCCAGCCCGGGCCUGGCACUGCCGGAUCUGCGGCAUCUGUGUGAGGAGGAUGGAUCACCACUGUGUCUGGAUAAAUAGCUGUGUCGGAGAAUCAAACCAUCAAGCAUUUAUACUUGCCCUUUUGGUCUUCCUGCUCACCUCGGUGUAUGGGAUAACGCUGACCUUGGACACCAUCUGUACGGACAGAAGUGUCUUCACAGCUCUCUUCUAUUGCCCUGGAGUUUAUGCAAAUUACAGCUCGGCUCUGUGUUUCACCUGCGUGUGGUACUCUGUGAUCAUCACUGGCAGCAUGGCCUACAUCUUCCUAAUCCAGCUGAUAAACAUCAGCUACAAUGUGACCGAGAGGGAGGUGCAGCAGGCCCUGCGACAGAAGACGGGGCGCCGGCUGCUCUGCGGGCUCAUCGUGGACACAGGCCAGUACAAUCGGGGCUUCCUGCGGAACUGGCACCAGUUCUCCACCCUGGGCGCACACCCCUUCCACCACCCUGCCGAGGACAUUGUCUGAGUGCCUUCUGUACGGCUCCAGGGGUGGAGGGUGGCUCCUCCCUCUGCUCCCUUGCGUCGGACACUUCGGUACACGCAGGAUGCUCAUGUUUAUCCCUUGUUUCCUAAAGGCAUUACAGGGCCAUGCUCAGGUUUAGGCGCUGGACUGGGAAGAAAUGAGUUUUUCUGACUUCAUAACUUAAAAAGAGAUUUUUAUAUCUAAGAGGUAAAAGUAGAGCCAUUCCUUUCCAGUCACCUUACUAACUAAGUCACCAUAAGUUGUGGAUUGCUAAUGCACAAACGGAUAGAAGCAGUUCCCACCCAUUACUAUGGGAGAAAGAGCCUUGGAUCAGGAGAGUUUCUAGUCCCUCUUUCAAUUCUGAACAGCCAUGCGACCCUCAGUCAAGCCCCUUCGCCGAGUCUCAGGUUCACCUGUCAAGUGGGUACUGAUGCCUGCCCUGGCUACCUCACAGAGCGGAUGUUGGGGGGCGGGGGUCCCGUGAGGGAUGGGGUAUGUUAGAAAACAUGGAAAAACAACUAAAGCACCAGAGAGGUAUGAAGUAUUAUUAGGAGAAUCCUAAGACUGGAAAAAAUAUUUGUAGGUCAGAAUAUUGACGCUAGUAUUAUUGGAGUAAUCCGUUUUCAGCAUUUCAGAGUGAAAAACAGAUCCUCAAAUACCAUGUUGUACAGUUAGGGGAAUUUCUCUUUCUGAGGUAUUAGAUGUUAACUACUCAAAUAGAUGACCAGAUGGAUUUAUGCUAUCAUCUGAUAUUGAAAGGAUAGUUGAUGAUUUUAAGCAUAAUUAUUACUAGUAUAAUGUGCAGUGGUCAUGAGUUUAGGUGAUGAGUUCUUAUAUUUACCUUACUUCUUAUGUAUUUAUUCUGUUUGGAUUUACUCCAGGUAACUCCAGUAGGCAUCAAUGUUUCUUUCUUCCCAUGUUUCGCCUGGUCAGGUGCUUGCACACUUGUGGCAAUGACUGGACGAGAACAGACACUCCUAUGGGAACACUUCACUCUCUUUCUGGCUAGGGUGGCUGCUUAUAUAAAGGGCUUGACGUUUUUGUUCACGUAAGUAAUACAGAUACUGUCAGCAACAGCACUGUGUUGCAAAAACCAGUCUUUUGGCAUUCACAGUGUUUCUGGCAUGAGCUCUAUUUGAGCGGCUGAUUGAUGUCUUCCCACUUAACUUGCACCUUCUUCUCAUUCACCUUGCCCAAGAUAGAAGUGUCUCACUGGGAGAGAAGAAGCAGGGUAUAUGUGGUUUCCACUAAUUAAUAGAUUACUGUUCUUCCCUAGUUCUUCCUAAAUUGUUUCUUUAAUCAUAUCUCAAAAUGGAAAAUGUAUAAAGGAUUAACUCUUUGGCAUGGGCCCAUUCUGCCAUAGAAUUAAGAUGAGGCAAUUGAUUUCACAUGGGGAAAAUACCCUCUUGAAAUACUUGGUUUUGUACCUGUACUUCUUUAUAAAACCCCAAAGAAUUCAUGAGUCCUUAAAUUUGCCUUGGCUUAUAGCUUAACAGAGGAAAAAUAUUGCCAGCUGUUUCAGUCUUUCUGUGUGUGCUGCUGUAGCAAGAGGUUUAUAAAGGUCGAGAGGAAACACUGCUACUUGUACAUCUCUGCCCUCUGCAGCUGGCACCACCCCCAGUCCUGCCAUUAAUCAAGGCUCUCCUCAAGACACACACCACAUUUUUAUACGGGCUUGUCAUUGCUUUCCCCAGAGAUGGACUGUUUAAUGAAUGAUAGACUCCAUAUUACAUUGAUGAUGAGCCAACGAGCAAGUCUGGGGAUGUUAGCAGUCUGUGGUUUGUAUAGUAAUGCCCUAUCCCUGGCCCAGAAUCAGGCAUUCAUUUGGAAUUCAUUGGAGCUGAUAUAACUAAUUUCUUUAUGUAUGGGUUGGAGAUAAGAGAGAGUAAUAAUGUCAAGGACAGCACACGUGGCCAGAAAUCUCUGAUUAUAGUCUCCUGAAUGCCAGAUUCAGAGCCAACUCAGAUUGUUUAGCAAUUGAUAAUAAAAUUAACAGAAAUGUUAGGAUAGUCCGUAAUCUUGGCCUCUGGCCAAAUCUUUAGCAACAGUGAAAAUACAGUGUGCUGAAGAUGUGUGUCUGCUCAGAGGCUCAGUUGUGUCCCUUUUGUGACCCCAUGACUGUAGCCCCCCAGGCUCCUCUGUCCAUGGGAUUCUCCUGGCAAGAAUACUGGAGUGGGAUGCCAUUUCCUCCACCAGGGGAUAUUCCCGACCCAGGGAUCACAUCUGCAUCUCUUACAUCUCCUGCAUUGGCAAGCAGAUUCUUUACCACUGGCGCCAUCUGAGAGAAUGAGGAAUGAUCACCAUCUUUAUGACAGCACACCCCCAGUAGGGUUACCUGGAUGGGCAAUUCACUGUUUCCCCUCACUCAGAUAAAGACUUUCUUUGCAUAUUAUUCUGGCUGAUUGUAAUUAAGGUGCUUGUUUGAAGUUCUUUGAGAACUUCAUGAUUGGCAGUUUAUAGAAGAAAGCACAAACCUUUGCAAAGCUCAGUGGUUUUGUGGAGGUAAAAGCCUAUUGAAGCAUUUGCACCAAAAGGAGCAGCAGCCAAGGGACUGUCUGUGAGCAGCUUCUGUAGGCUCUGGGGUGUCCUUUAGCUGUACUCCUGGACUUUCAAGCCUUUUUACCAUCUGGAACCAUAUGAGGGAUUUUGUUCUUUUAAAGGACAAGGUCUCUGUGAAUGAAUGAGCCCCAGAGAAUGGUGGUGGUAACCGUGGGGAAUUGCCCAGCAAACCUGAAGCCCAUAGUUUCUUGGCCGUAGGAGCAGGCUUGCCCCAAUGUGGUGCAGACAAGUGGGUCUCCCCCGUCACCCCACAUCCUCAGCCUCUUAAACAUACUGGAUGUGGAGUUUACUAAAUGAUCUACUGUGAUCUGACCACUUAUAUUAUGGUCAUGCCACUGUGGCCUCUUCCUGGGGAAGAGAAAGUGUUCCACUUGGAAGAUCAGAGGGAGAAACCAUUAAGGAUCAGGACUGCAUAAAGGAAGAACAUCCUUCAAUACUUAAAAACGUUUCUUAUGCUACCCAAAGAGUACUUUGUGGUUAUUGCUGGUCACACCUGAAGUAAGCUGACCAUCCGUUGACAAUGCCUUUUUGGUAAGUUUCUUUGAUGCUGCUGAAGUCAAGCCUUAAGUGUGUUUUGGGAAUGCUGGGCUGCCCUUCUCAUGUCAGCCACCUGUGUGUGUGUGUGUGUUUAGGACCCUGUAAAUCUUUGCUUUCCGAGUAGUGGUGGUUUCCUUUGGUGAAUGAAGUACUUGUCUUCCACUGUCCCAUCUGCCUAGCAGAAAGACUGCUACGGACUUCCUCUUAUGCAAUAGUCCUUGGUACUUAUAAAAUUUUUAGCAAGAAAAAAUUUUCUAUACUAGAAUCUUCUACUGCCAGAAGACACAGUGCUGGUAAGGUUCUCUGUAAGAGUGACCAUCUGCUUAAUAGGCUAUUUCCUUUGGGUAGGAUGUUAGCUUUUUUAUUAUAAAACUCAACUUAUAUAGGCAAAAGUAUGACAUCUUGAAGCACAGUUUUAACCAGGAUGUUUAAAAAUUAAUGUUUUGUGAGGUUUAAGGUCUCUUUAAAUUAGGUAAGUAGAUUUAUAUGACAACUUCAUUUUAGCCAUAUUUUGGUAUCCUGUAUUUUAAAAAGCAUUUCCUCAAAUAAGAAAUGGAUAAUGGAGACUUUUGCUUGAGGCACCUGUUUGGAAAAUGGUUUUCUCAUCAGCAGCUUGACAGGUGUGCCAUUUUGUAUUAAACAUUACAGAGGUGAUGCAGGCGGUGAAUGAGAACUAAGCUUCACUUAAUGCUGAAGAAAAUUCAGUAUGUUCUUGUGGAAGUUUGUUGUGACUAAUACAAACUUUUUGCAAAAUCAGCCACAUUUAAUCCUGUUUCUAAUGGAUGGUUAUUCCCACUUCAGUUGGCACAAAGCUUUUCAUUGUAGUAGCAGCAGCAGGUCAAAAACUGGUUGAACAGAGACCUUCUUUAGGGGUUGUGACUAUUUCUGUCGGGCCUGUGACUUGUCACUACUCUAACCUUCCUGAUGGCAUCUUUUACUUCUAGAAAAAUCAUACUUUUAAGAGCAAAGCUUUAAAACCACAGCUAGUCUAUUCUAGUUAUGGAUGCAACUAAAAUCUGCUGUUUCUUCAGAUGGUGCCACUGACAAGAUGCUGUGUUACAGAACUCACAAACUCAUCCUGUUGUGAUCCUAUAGUCUGCGUGAUUUUGACGGUUUGAGUUAGGGCUUCUGAGCCUUUUCAUUUGAUUGCAUUUCUGGGUCUGAUGUUAGACUAGAGGAAGCCCAGGAAAAUUUAUUUAAUAUUAUAUUUCAUAUUUAAUGUAACUAACUCAGCAACGCUAGAGGGGAUUUCUGAAGCCAUCUCUGGAGGCUGUGGGCUAAACGUUUUGCACUGUUUUUAUACUUGUAUUCAUAUCCUCUUAUCACCUCAGACUCAGACACAAGGCCUUUCAAAUGGAAAUUUUAAAAAUGACUGCCAUUCAUGUAAAAUAAUGUACUGUGACCAAGUUGUUUAAAUGGAAAAUAAAGUGCUUUCUUUAAGGAAAA